AUGGCCGGAGUCAUUCAUGAACUAGGGCAAGAGCGGGUGGUCACGAAGGCCAAACAACAUCAACCUGGGCGGACCCGCGACCUCGAGAACACCGAAUACCUGAACCAAAUCAAUCGGGAAACUUUGCAAAAUGAGGUUGAAGUCUACAAACGCCUGGUCAGUCCCCAAGGCAUAAUUACAUGUUACCGAACAUCCCAGCAUGGCAUUGAAUUGGCCCGGGCGCAAGCAGGUCUCGAGCCCUAUCUCAACGAGUAUCCCGAGCGUGAGGAUGCCUCGAAGCUGAGGUGGAUUAUAAGCCUGAUUGAGUCUUUCGCGUAUAUAAACUCCUGCAACGUCUUUGUGAAUGACAUUGCUCUUCAUAGUAUCAUGAUUCUGGACGAGGAGCUCAAAGUAGCAAAAUUUGGACAGUCGAUCCUACUACCAUGCGACGCCGAUAUGGCUGCGAUCACAGAAAAUGAUCUGGAUCCCACGAUCGAGAUCCUGCAUCUCGGAUGGAUCAUCUACUCCAUCGCAUCCUGGCACGUGCAUAAAUAUUAUUUCUUCGGUCCUGAGAACCCGGACCUCGGUUGGCCUGCUUCAUUUCCGGAAGUUGAGCGCGUGCUGUGUAGAUCGAUCAUCAUGAAGUGUUGGUAG